CCGCGGGGGCCGACGGGGAGGUGUCGAUUCGGAUCGCCGGGCCCGACGACGCGCCUGGCGCCGGCGCGGGGGACGCGGGAGGGCAGCAGCCCGCGGACGAGGAGGCCCCGGCGGCGCGGGGGGACGAGGCCGGCGCGGGCGGGGGGAGCGGGAGGGGGGACUCGCCGUACCAGGGCUACGACGUGCAGCGCCUGGCCAGGUGGGUGGAGCACGCGCUACCCUUCUCCCUGCUCCUGCUCGGCGUCUUCAUCCGCCAGCACCUGCAAGGUUUCUUCGUGAUGAUCUGGAUUGCCGCAGUCAUGUUCAAGUCCAAUGAUAUCUUGCGCAAGCAGACCGCUCUCAAGGGGGAGAGGAAAAUGCCAAUGCUUAUUGGGAUUAUAAUAGUAUUCACCAUUCACGUGUUUGGAGUCUACUGGUGGUACAGGAAUGAUGACCUUGUUAGACCUUUGGUGAUGCUUCCUCCAAAAGAAAUACCUCCAUUCUGGCAUGCUAUAUUUUUCAUCGCUGUGAAUGAUACAAUGGUCCGGCAAGCUGCUAUGGUGGUCAAGUGUGUGCUGCUCAUGUACUACAAAAACAGCAAAGGUCGUCACUAUCGUAGACAGGGCCAAAUGUUGACAGUUGUGGAAUAUUCCCUACUUCUGUACCGUGCGUUGUUGCCGGCUCCUGUGUGGUAUCGUUUUUUCCUGAACAAGGAAUAUGGAAGUCUUUUUUCAUCUUUAACAACUGGAUUGUACCUUACUUUCAAGGUGGCAUCAAUGGUGGAAAAGGUUCGAUCACUUUUGGCUUCAGUGAAUGCGCUGUCUCAUAAGGACUUGCAUUAUGGUUCACAUGCAACAACUGAGCAGGUUCUUGCCGCUGGAGAUCUGUGUGCUAUAUGCCAAGAAAAGAUGCAUACUCCCAUCCUCCUGCAGUGUAAACAUAUCUUCUGCGAAGACUGUGCCUCUGAAUGGUUGGAGCGGGAGCGGACAUGCCCGUUAUGCAGGGCGCUGGUGAAGCCAGGGGACAUUCGGUCAUUCAGUGACGGUUCAACGACCCUCUUCUUUCAGCUCUUCUAACAAGAAACAAGAAGCGCUAACCUUCGGCCUGCAGAUGUUGGAUCGCCCCUUGUUACUCUCCAUCAGCCUGCCGUGUGCUGAGACUUUCUCCAGUCCAGGUCCUUUUCCGCCACUUCGUGACAAGUAGUAGGUGCCGUGGGUGUGCAUAUUACCCUGUAUAGGUCCUUGCGGGAUUCUCCAUCACAAAAAAAAGAGAGGAUUGUUAUGACGAAAUAACUGAAUCUAUAGAGGUGAAUUUCCAUUAGCAUGUGGUUGGGUGGGUGCCGCCACAUUUGCAAAAUUCAGAAUUGACCUUAUACAAGAUCACAAAUGUGAACUCUUGACACCUGAGCGAACGUAGCUUGUUGCUCGUACAAUGAGAGGAACAUAUCCUUAUGUUUCUUGCUUGUGUCA